CACGUGAUCAUAAUAGGUUUUGCGUAGCCGCCAUCUUUGUAGUUCCUGUUUUGCGAGGGACUUUCCUGAUCUACUUCAGCCACUGGAUACACAGCCAACCUGACAGUUUGCAUCAUCAUACGAGCUUCAGGUCGCUGGGUAGCAACCAUAAGGAGCUGUUGCUUGGCUUCUUUUCGUCUGAUUUCGUAGCAAACGCCCCGCUUCUGGUUUUUGGGUGUGAGCUGGUUUUACUACAAACCUGCAGUCAUGCCGGUUAGAAAACAAGAUGCUCAUCGAGCCCUGGAGCUCCUUGAAGAUUACCACACUCGACUUACCAAGCCCCAGGACAAGCAGCUCAAAAUGGCCAUCGAACGUGUCAUCCGAAUCUUCAAAAGUCGACUCUUCCAGGCCCUUUUAGAUAUUCAAGAGUUUUAUGAGUGCACACUCUUAGACGACAGUAAAUCUACACAACAGAAGACAUUGGAGACACUCCGCAUAGCCAGCAAAUGGGAACAAGAACCACCAAUCACCAACACACAGCCAAAGAUAGAUAAAACACCAGCCUCUACAGAUGAUGAACUUCCUCCCCCUCCUCCAGAGUUGAGUGAAAACAAGAUAGAGGCGCGCACAGAGAAAACACAGGCAGCAAUGGCACCCCCUACCAAGGUUACUGUGUCGUCUAUAGACGAUGACGACCUGCCUCCCCCACCGCCCCAAGGUGGAUCAGAGACAGGUGAUUCAGACUAUAUGAACGGUGGUGGAGACUGGGAGUAUGAGGAGAUUCCACUUGAGAGGGGGAACACCGGUCUGGGGUUCAGUAUUGCUGGUGGCAGUGACAACCCACACAUUGGCGAGGACCCGGCAAUAUUCAUCACAAAGAUCAUCCAGGGGGGCGCUGCCGCUGCUGAUGGCAGACUCAAGAUGAACGACAUCAUCGUGAAGGUGAACGAGACGGACGUAUCCAACGCUACACAUUCCGAGGCGGUCGAGGCACUCAAGCAGGCGGGAACACGGGUGGUUUUGUAUGUUAAAAGACUGCGAGCACCCCUGGAGAAUGUACUGGAGAUAGAGUUGGUGAAGGGCAACAAAGGUUUAGGUUUUAGUAUUGCUGGAGGUAUCGGCAACCAACACAUACCAGGAGACAAUGGAAUAUUUGUCACCAAGAUCAUUGAGGGAGGGGCAGCUGAGCAGGACGGUCGCCUGGCCAUGGGCGACAGACUUAUUGCUGUUAACGAUGCAAACUUAGACAAUGUGAGUCACGAGGAGGCAGUCGCAGCAUUGAAGGAUACACAGGAAGUUGUACGAUUAACGAUCGCUAAACCUACAUAUGUACCACAAGACAGUGUUCGUCAGGACCCCUCACCACCAGUGAACAGAAAAAUUGAGAGUGUAGCAAGUGUGCCAAUGUCCACCCCAGACCGACCCAGCCCAUCUCCCAGCACUCCUCCCAAACUCAACAACUACGAAAACGAUGACUUCCCGAGAUUUGUGGACCACAUUCCACCCCCGAUACCAAUGCAACAACCUCUUCCGAUACCCUACUCUGAGACUACACCCCCGUUACCGCGACAUUCACCUCCCCAGACUUUGCGUCAGUCACCUCAGAUCCCACGAGCUGGGGUCAAAGUAUUGGAUCGUCCCCCCUUACCUCCACCCCCAGUACCACAACAGUCCCCUCUGAGGCAGCUUCAAUCAUCCCCAAAGUUACUACGAAAUUCAUCUCCCCAGUCUGUGCAUCAAUCAUCCCCUAAGAUACCACGCCCUGUGGUCAAAGUGGAGCCUAGGAAAGUCACCCUAAAGAAAGGUUCCACGGGUCUAGGUUUUAACAUAGUGGGAGGAGAGGACGGAGAGGGAAUAUUUGUGUCGUUCAUUUUGGCAGGUGGUCCAGCCGAUCUCGGAGGAGAGCUUCGCAGAGGGGAUCAAAUUCUGUCUGUAAAUAACCAUGACUUGAGAUUAGCAACGCACGAAGAAGCAGCAGCAACAUUAAAGGGUGCAGGGGAUACCGUAGAAAUAGUAGCCCUCUACAAACCAGAUGAAUACAACCGAUUCGAAGCCAAGAUUCAGGAUUUACGGGAACAAAUGAUGAACACGAGCACAGGAAGCUUACGAACCACACAGAAACGAACACUUUACGUGAGAGCGCUGUUUGACUACGAUCCUUCCAAAGACAGUGGUCUGCCCAGUAAAGGGCUGCCGUUCCGCUAUGGAGAUAUUUUACAUGUGACGAACGCCAGUGACGAUGAGUGGUGGCAGGCGAAGCGAGUCACGCCCGAUGGAGAGGAGGAGGGCAUGGGUAUCAUUCCCAGUAAGAAACGUGUGGAUCGAAAGGAAAGGGCACGGCUAAAAAACGUGAAAUUCACAGGAAAAACAAGUGAAAAGUCCAAUGGUAGCCUACAGGCAGCUGCUAAUGAAAAGAAAAAGAAAAAUUUCUCCUUCACAAAAAAAUUCCCGUUCAUGAAGAGUAAAGACCAAAGUGGUAGCGAGGAGGUCAGCGCCGAUGAACCUGAGGGUACAGCUGAGAGCGAAGCUAGUUUCCGAGGCGAUGAACCAAUUCUGUCCUAUGAGGCUGUCGUACAACAAGACUUGAAGUAUACUCGUCCAGUGAUUGUACUGGGACCACUCAAGGAUAGAAUAAAUGACGAUCUCAUCUCAGAAUUCCCCGACAAGUUCGGAAGCUGUGUACCUCACACAACGAGAUCCAAGCGAGAUUACGAAGUUGACGCACGAGAUUAUCAUUUUGUGGAGUCUCGGGAACAGAUGGAACGCGACAUCCAGAACCACCUAUUUAUAGAAGCGGGACAAUAUAAUGACAACUUGUAUGGCACCAGUGUCGCCUCUGUAAAGGAGAUUGCAGAAAAGGGAAAGCACUGUAUACUGGAUGUGAGCGGGAAUGCCAUCAAGCGAUUACAAGUAGCAGGGCUGUACCCAGUGGCUGUAUUAAUCAAACCAAAGUCGGCCACAUCCAUCAUGGAGAUGAACAAACGGAUCACAGAAGAACAAGCUAGAUUGACAUAUGAACGAACAAUGAAACUGGAGCAAGAGUUUGGGGAAUAUUUCACAGCGGUUGUACAGGGAGAUUCAGCAAAUGAAAUCUAUGCAAAGGUGAAGGAAGUGAUCCGCGACCAGUCCGGUCCCACUAUUUGGGUGCCCGCGAAGGAGAAAUUAUGAGCCAUUCGUCAUACAAUGGACUCAACGCACACAGCAAACACAUUCAGGAGCUUUCUUGUCACCUAUUGGAUAAUAUAUGUCAUGUGAUCUGAAAGUUAUCCAAUUGUUGAUGAGCAGACAAUUUUUCAAGAUGGAUGGCUUGUGCAGUUGGAUUUAUAUAUGAUACAUAAUAACAAUGUGUUAUAUGUAUGUGGCACAACAUUUGGUGGGCAUAAUGGUCUGUUAUAGACUGUAACCAUGGAAACAUAGACUGUAACUACGGUAAAUAUAGACUGUAACCAUGGUAACAGCAUGGCGGAGAGAGACGGAAAGGACUUGUUUUAUCAUUAAUAUAUAAUAUUACAUUGUGUAAAUGUGGAUCAUCCUCACAUCCAUGUAAACCUUACUUUUGUCCCGAGACUGGGCGGUUCUGAAAGAGGGAUGUGAGUGGGUAAGGGAGAACGCUGUGUGCAGAUUAUAUGUUGUGAAUGUUGUCUGUGGACUGGAGAAACCUUUUGUCUUUCUUUUGUUGUUUGGGAGGCUGUGUGGUGUACAUAAAUUAUCAUGUGCUGGCACAGAUCCUGAUUGAAAAAGACCAGUCGCACAAAACCUAACUCCAAAACCAAAACACCAAACAAAAUGUGGUAACUUGGAGUCAACAUGGUGGACCCCAGGAAGAAAUGCUCUGUACAAGAGCUUCAUGAAGUACAUGGCACCAUAACCAAACACAAGUGUCGAUCAUAUUUUUGGCAUGUGUUUAUUUACUGUUGGUAGGGAUAUUUUAUUAAUUGUAUAAUUUUAUAUGAAUAUUGGUGUGAGGUACAACAGAACAAAACAAACCUCAACCCAGCAUCACUCUUAAGAACUGGAUUGAGUACUAUAUAUUGUAUCAGAUAUUAGAAGGAAUCGAAUUGUCUUAGACCAGUGUAUAGCGCCUCAUGGCUUUUAACGCUAAUAGUUAAACGGUAACAUAUUUUAAAACCAAACUAAUUUUUUAACAAGUUAUACAGGAUGUACAAUAAGAUCAGCCUGGAGAUGGGCCCAUACUUAACCAUAUAUUAUGUAAAAGUAGACGUUUUUACAAGGUGGAAAUUUUCAUCUGUAGCAGGGUUUUUUAGCCAAAAUAAAAUUGUUUGUAAAAUCAAAUUUGUGAAAAUUUCCGCACACAAAAAAUACCCACUUUUACAAAACAUUUUGUAACCAAGGUAACGGCAUAUGAUAGCAUAUAAUGUUGUAUGAAAUUAUUCCAGAGGAUUAACUGCAAGAGAUAUUGGGAGUAGUGUACUGUCCCCUUAUGAGCCGUUGGUACAGAGUACACUUCAAAUUCCAUUGUACACAGUACAGUGGAACCUCCUUAGUCUAGACAUUUUGAGUUAUAAUGAAAUCUAGGUGAACAUUAACGUCACUUGUCACAUUGUCCAGCUGUCCUAGUUUGAUCCUGGCCUCGACCGUAAAACUGUAGGGGGAAAUAGGACGUGUAAUACAAUAAUACGUUGAUUGAUAUCACAUGUCCAAACAUUUCAGUAAAAUGUGUGCAGUCUGGCCUGUGCCACAGUGUGUGGGGAAUGUAUUCUAACUGCCUAAUUCAGAGGCCAUCUCAGGAAAAAUCAGCUGGAAUGUAAAUUUCUUAAUUUGAAUUAACUUCCAUGACAUGACUGAGCAUGGCGAAAGGCUUGCCUGACCAAAUUUUAUACUAUGUGUUCAAUCAAUCGAUCAGACAAUACAUAUACAAGAUGUUUAUAUAAAUUGUGAAUUGGAGAAUUUUAACCUCUGAGCUUUAUGUGAACUCUGUAUGUUUGACUUUCCUCUUAUCAGCUUUUGGAUGUCUAAACGAAAAUGCAUACUGACCGCACUAAAAUUUUGAAGGCAUCUAUGAAUCAAUCGUGUAAUUAUCUCACCAAGCCUGCUUAGCAUAAAUUGAGUGAGAAGGAAACUUAAUUGGGUAACAUUCAUUUGGUGGAUGAAUACCUCUAGCAACAUCGUGUGUUACCUAACAGGUUCAAAGGAAAUCCAGCAUGUCCUGUGAAAAUGGUUUAUGAAAAGUGCAUAUCGAUCUUAAUUUGUCAUGACAUGAUAAAGUCUUCCAGGUGCAUCUCUUUGUCUGAUGAAGUUUAUGAAUUUUCAUAUUUAAAAUAGACCCAUUAGUCUCCAAUAAAAUAUGCCAUAUAAAAUUAUUUUUAUUUCAACUUUGGUGAGAAAAACCCCAUGAAAUUAUAAGAUACAUGAUAUAAAAUCGUUAUUUUACUAUUGAAAGGUAUAUGAUGUGUCAUACUUCUUUGUCAUUUUGAUAAGACUUUCUUCAAAAUUGCAAGACAACUUUUCACAAAUUGACUCCACAUUGUGAGUAUGGGCCGUAUAUGUGUGGAAUUUAAGAGGAUAUUCAUGUUUAAAUUGCAUAAUUAAAUCAUGUGACAUCAGUAUUUGUGGUAGGAAUUCGUGAGUUUAUUGAGGAACAGAUAGCUGUAUAAGGGCAGAUAACUCUGCAAAGUAAUACAGGUUGUCAUGGUAAACUCUACAUUAAUUUUCCGUCAAUUAAAUGUUGUUCAUUACUAUAUAUAACUGCUGACCAGUGUGUUGUCAAUUUCAGGAAAAGUCAAUAGCUCAAUCUCUCUUGGACCCCUAUCUUAUAGAUAGAUCAUGAUUUCAUCUUAACCAAGUUCCUACUUCUUUUAGUUAUUACAAGUAUGUUGUCGUGAAGGUCCUAGUCAAACGACAACCUAGAGGAGAUAUCACAAUUUUAUUAGAUUUCCUCGAGUUUAUUACCAGUAUGUGCGUUCUAUUUUGAGUGAGAUAAUAUUUGUAGUGUAGACACAUUCCAAGACCUUAGGUAGACUAGAAUUCAAUUUAGAAUUUUUAAAUUUAAAAGAUAGCAUUUUAAUUGAAAUAAUUUUCUAUUUAACAGAGUAUGUUCAAUAAAAACAUCCACUUGCCACAUCGGUUUCAUACAAAAAGUGCAAUUUACAUCCAUAUGAUGUUGUGUAAAUGUCAAACUCUGUAUAAAUAUAUAUAUAUUGAUAUGUACAUUGAGUUAUCUCCCCCCUUGUCCCUUUCACGAGAGUUAUCUCCCCCUGUCCCAUGUGUAUAGCACGGUCGUUGGCUCACUGUGCUUCUUAUUGUAGUCAAACUAGGCUGUACAUUUCUUUAACACGGAUCUAGCAGGUCUUUCAAGGUGUAAAAUAUUCUUUUUAAGAAAAAUGUUAUUGUAGAUAUUUUUUCUUCUAUUAUAUUUUUUAAACAAUGAGUCUUUUAGAGAAAAACUAGACUUGGCUAUUCAAGAACCCAACAGGAAUUCUCUUGUUGAAUGUUUUGAUUGAUCAAACUGUAAUUUAAAUAUAAACUUAAAGUUUUGAUGUCAGUUUUAGGAAUAUAUUCUUAAUAUGCAGCAAAUUUGCCAACGGUUUUCCUUGUGACAUUAUCCAAGUGUAACUUUUGGGUGAGGUCAUUGAUUGGUUUCGUAUAAAUUAACCUACUUGUUACAAUCGUGACAGCAAGUCAUUGUUUUGGUGCAGUACAUCACUUUUUAAUUGAUUUCUUUUUCUCCCCUAGACUUAGGCAAUUGUUGAGGGGCAUUAUGAAAUCCUGUCACUUUCAUAUUAUCUUACAUUUUGUAUUCUCCACUAUGUUCCAGCUGUGUUUUUAAACUUCCAUUGCAUGCUAUUCGCUAGAUAUCUAUACCUGUGGUAACGUUGUUUACAUCAACACAAUUACUGCAAUUGUUGUUAUUAUCAUCAUUUUUAUACACAAAACAGUCAUUUCCAGGUGAUGUAUCCAUUGUAUCAACUUUAAAAUCAUGAAAAAUGAAAUCUGUGUAAAUGUUCUGCAGAGAUAUGCUACCCUUGUUAAAGGGAGAUAAUCUGUUGGGUUAUGUCCCCUUGUACCAGUGGCGACCUGUAGCUAGGACAUGGUUCUAUAGACAUAGUACACCAAAACAGAUACUAGCUCAAUAUGAGGCCAAGAUGGAUUUAUAGGUGAAUAGGAAAAAUAAAUAAAUUGACAACUAUAAA